CGCGUGCGGGUCCUCAGCCUCGCCCGCCGCGGCCUCUGGCUCUACACCCACCCGCUGCUCAAGAUGCUGCUCCUGCCCCAGCGCAGCAGACUGGCGUCUUUCUCCAGCACAGUUCCUUGGCAUUACUACCUAUUGUUUUCCACCAAUUCCUGCUUUGCAAGCCGUUUCCUACUUCCUUUAGCUACUUACUCCGCGUCUUAUCUGGCUGCUUAACUCUUUAAACUCUGCAGCUUCCGAAAGGUGUCGGUUUUUCAGCUUAACAGAGACUCCUGAAGACUAUACCAUCAUGGUGGAUGAAGAUGGCUUCAAAGAACUUCACGCCUCUGAGUACCUACAAGUGGUGGAUUCCACCUGGCUGGUGCUCAACGUCUCAUCUAACGGCAGCGCCUCCCUCAACAACCAGCCUAUAGGAGUCACCAAGAUUGCGAAAUCUGUCAUCGCACCCCUGGCCGAACAUAAUGUCUCUGUCUUAAUGCUGUCCACCUACCAGACGGAUUUUAUUUUGGUCCGGGAGAAGGAUCUGCCCGUGGUCAUCCACACCUUGGCCAGCGAAUUUGAAAUUUAUAAGGAGGAGAAUGGAGAACUGGCCCCUGCCAACUGUGAAGACAUCAGCAACGGGUUCCACAAGGCAAAGCAAGAGUUCAACGCCACAGUCCAUCCCAUUCAGACUCCUCAGAACAGAUUCUGCAUUCUCAGCAUCGCCCCCGAAACCUUGCCAGCCAUCGCCACGAAACUUAUCGAUGUCCUGUUCUACUCAGCCAGCCCCCCAAAAGAUGGAGCUGCUAACAAUCAGGAGUCCAUUACUUUCUUCGCCUUCUCACUGAUUGAGGGCUACAUCUCCAUUGUCAUGGAUGCAGAGACCAAGAAAAAGUUCCCUAGCGACCUGCUGUUGACCAGUUCCUCGGGAGAACUCUGGAGGAUGGUGAGAAUUGGUGGGCAGCCCCUGGGCUUUGGUGAGUUGCGUUAUACUUUCUUUUUCCCCCCGCACUUUAUCAAUGAUUAUGGUGCUGCAGAUCAGAGAUUCCCCUUGGAAGUAAACAGAAUAUGGGUAGUCCUUGACUUGUGACCACAACGGGGAGCAGAAUUUCCAUGUCCACUUGACUUGGGUUCCAUCUCCCAGGAAGAAGUCAACUCUCA